UUUUCAUUAAUUUUGAAAGAAAAAGGACACGAGAAAGCGGUUGACACUGGAGAGAGAGUAGUACUAUAAAUAGACUCGAUCGGAAAAUCCUACCCCUCUGUAUUUCUUCUUCGUCGAGAUGGUUAAAGGAAACAAGCAAACCACAAAUACUGCAACAGAGAUGAGGGAAAUGCGUGCUCUAGUCGAGAGGCUGUUUGAAGAAUUGAAUGCCAGGCAGGACAAGUUUGAUCAAGCAAUUUUAGAGUUGAAAGCAUGCAUUGAAUCUUCUAAGGUUCAAGAUAAAGCCGGAAAAGGGGUUGAAUCUGCCAUGAAUGCUUCCUCUGACGGUCAUGGAAGCUCAUCUAUGCUUCAGGAGGAGAAAAUGAAGGGGCCUGGAAAAGCCCUAACCGCUACUGGACCUAAUGAGAAGCGAGCCAAAGGUCUCUGUUUAUUUUGUGAUGAAAAAUCUACUAGUGGCCGCAAAUGCAGCAACAAAAAACAUGAUGUUUCGCUGAUCGAAGAUGAUGAUGUUGACGUACCGAUUGUAGAUCUUGUGACUACAGAGGAAAAAGAAAUAGACAUGGCGAUAUCACUGGACGCUGUAGUAGAAUAUUCUACGCCAUACGACGGUGGUUCCUGCGUGACUGGGUAUCAUGGAAAGCGACCCUUGGCUGUGCUAAUGGGUGCAGGAGGGACUUCGCACAAUUUUAUUAAUGAAUCCUUAGCAGAUAAGCUAGGUUGUGAGACAUUUCCAAUCAAGCCUCGAACUGUUCGCUCAGCUUUUGGGAAAAUGGUGACCUCCAGAGCAUGCAACAACUUUCAAUUGUCAAUGCAAGGCACUGUGUUUAAUUUGAAAUUGUAUCUACUUCCAUUGUCGUCAAACUGUGACAUGGUAUUAGGAGGCGAAUGGCUAGGGACCCUUGAGAAACUUAUAGUUAGUUCUGAUGGUGUGGAGUUCUACUUUCAAGGCAAGAAGAAAUUUAUGCGUUUCAACAGAUCAGUUAGAGGCCGCAAGCCCUAAGAGUCUUGGGUAAAUUGGAUGUAAGUACUGAUGCCUCAAAUUUCACAGUAGUAAUUUACCUCUUCUAUUGUAGGUGUUUGCUAAUGGGGAUUUUAGGCUUGAUAUCUCUAGAAUUCUUCACUAUGCUUCUCAAGGAUAGUAGCUAUUAUGCUAUUAAAUCUCACUAGUUUCUGUUUUCUGCUGUAAUUUCCUAACAAUUCUCCCUCCAUGUGGAAGUGUAGGAACUACUUGUAGUUGAUCAUCUACCAAUAUAAUAGUAUGUCAUUUUG